AUGAUCUGGCAUGUACAGAAUGAAAACUUCAUUCUCGAUUCUACGAGAAUUUUUAUGAAAGCAUUUCAUUUGCUUCUCUUCAAUGGAAGUUUCAUUUUUCCAAAAUAUAUCCUAAUUUUUGCCCUAAUUCUUCUUUUGAUGAUCGAUUCAACCUCUGAUAAAAAAUAUAGACCUUGGUUAUAUUUCAUCUCUUCAACAAGUUUAGUAAUAAGCAUAACGGCCCUAUUGUUCCGAUGGAGAGAAGACCUUGUUAACUGA